AUAAAACACACCAAAAAAUAAUACUCUUAUAGAAAGAAAAAGAAAAAGAAAAAAAGAUAAGAAUUUAGAAGAAAAGAAAAGAAAAGAAGAAAAGUAGCGAAGAUGUCAGGGUCAGAGACACAAUGAAGCAGCUUUUUAUCUUGUAUGAUCUCUGAUCUCUUCCUCCCUUCCCUUUCAUACUAAUGAUUCUAUCUCUCUUUUUUAUCUCUCUAAAAAUCCAUUCUUUUUAUCUCCCUCCCUACCUCUUCUUUAACACUUUCUCUCUCUUCUGUUUUCUCUGAUGCAUAUAUAUAAUCACCUCCUGUACAUUUAGUAUCACUGUAUCAUCAAUCUGCAACCUGCUACUUUUUUAGCUUCAUAAAUUAUUUAUAUUAAUUCAACCCAUGAAUCAAAAUACAAAAAGGGUUUUUUAUUUUCUCAGAUCCCAACAUACUUUCCCUGUACUUCUCUCUCUUAAUCUACUCCCAAUAACUAAAAACUGUCUUUACUCUUUACCUUCCUUCUCCCUUAUCUAGAGAGUUCAUUCGGGUUAUCGGAUUGAUUUUAGGUUAGGUGUUUUGAGUCGGAUUGAAAUCAGAUUUUAUGUUCAUAUUAAUUGUGAAUUAUUUUUGAAAUCGGGUCAAUUAUUUUCAGUUACGAAGUCGGAUAAAUAUCGAGUCAUCAAAUCUGUUUUAUUACCCAAUCAGUUAAGUGUUCACUUUCUUAUUCCUAAGAGUUUAAGUAUUAGCAGUAAGUAUAAAGCAAACUCUCAUCUUCUCUUCCCAUUUCUCACCCUAUAUUAGUGGUCCUCUCCCUAUAUUUCUCUUUGGCUUUAAUAUCCCUCUUUAUAUCUCUUUCCCCUUCUUCUUUUUUUCACUUUUCUUAAAUACCCAUCUCUUUUUUCCACCUAUUUCACACACCCUUUUCAUUAAAUUAAAAAAGAAGAGUUUUUUUUUUUUUAAGAUUUGGAUUGUGGGUUUUGGUUAAAUGCAGGAACAGGGAUUAGGGAUGUUGGGUGGUGGUUUAAUGGGCGGAGAAAUGGGGUUUAAUGAUGAGCAAAGACAGAUUAAAGCUGAAAUUGCUACACAUCCAUUAUAUGAACAGCUAUUAGCUGCUCAUGUGUCAUGUUUAAAGGUUGCUACACCAAUUGAUCAGUUGCCUUUAAUUGAUGCUCAGCUUUCUCAGUCUCAUAAUCUUCUUCGUUCUUAUGCUUCUCAACAUAAUAACUCUCUUUCUCCUCAUGAAAGACAAGAACUUGAUAACUUGUUGGCACAAUAUCUGUUGGUGUUAUGUUCCUUCAGAGACCAGCUCCAACAACAUGUAAGGGUCCAUGCUGUUGAAGCUGUCAUGGCAUGCCGUGAAAUUGAGCAGAAUUUGCAAAAUUUAACUGGUGCAACACUUGUAGAGGGCACAGGAGCAACAAUGUCAGAUGACGAAGAUGAUGUACCCUUAGACUACUCUUUGGAUCAGUCUUCUGCCGUUGAUCCCAACGACAUGAUGGGUUUUGGGUCAUUCAUUCCUACUGAAGCUGAAAGGUCUCUCAUGGAACGAGUCCGUCAUGAACUUAAGGUCGAGUUGAAGCAGGGAUUCAAAUCAAGAAUCGAGGAUGUAAGAGAAGAGAUUUUACGUAAAAGACGAGCUGGAAAACUACCUGGGGAUACCACUUCUGUUCUCAAGGCUUGGUGGCAGCAACAUUCUAAGUGGCCGUAUCCUACUGAAGACGACAAGGCAAAACUAGUAGAGGAGACGGGAUUACAACUGAAGCAGAUUAAUAACUGGUUUAUCAACCAAAGAAAGCGCAAUUGGCAUAACAAUUCUCAAUCUUCAAAUACUCUCAAGUCUAAGCGCAAGCGAUAAAUUACCUUGAACAAUCCAACAAAUAUCAUAUCAAAAAACAUACGUUUUCGUAUCGCAUUUCACUUAAGAUUGUACGUGAAUCCUUUGCAGAUUCAUAUCUAACCUAAACCACUUCUAUUUUUGUGAUAUAUACUGAAAAAUGUCAUCUUUGGAACUAGGAUUAUCAUAUGGAAAUUAAUUCAACAGCUUGGUGUAAAGAAAAAAAAAGAUAUGCAUACAAGACUAUUAAUUAGAGAUGUUUUGGAUUUUCAAUAUAAUGUAAUAUUUGAAAUUUUAUGUCUUGUAAUUGUUGUAUCAGAAAUUUUUACUAUAUUCUAUAAUGAUAUGAUCAUCUUUCGAGUAUUUUUAA